AUGUCGACUCAACUAACUAAUUCUUCGCAAAUUACUCCUGUUCUUUCUUCUCAUUUGCCUCCUCUACCUCCAGGACGUGUUUUUUAUCGAAGAAACAGGAACAAUGUUGCUCGAACUUCUGCCCAGGAAAAAGGAAAAGAGCCAAUGGAUUCAUUCCAGAUCCCAGACUUAUCUAGAGAAAUUCCGGCAGGAAACUCAUCUCAGGAGAAUAAUCUUGAUAAGACAAUUAAGACUAAUCAAGAAUAUAAUCAGGCACAAUUCAAAAUUCUUGAGUCAAGGGUUUUUGAAAACAGACCACUGAUGACUCCUAGGAAUUUGUUUUCAACGACUCCAACUGCUCCUGAGUCUGCUCCUAUUAAUACGUCGAUGCCAACUGCGACUCCUAAUUUUGGGAGUAAUGUUCCGCAAAACACUCAUGGACAAGGAGCAAAUGAUAACAUCGCUAGAGAAUUUCAGAAGAUUAAAGACAUGAUUUCGAGCGUUCCUGGAUUUUACAAUCCAAUUCCUGAAGUCAAACCUGCGUCCUAUCUAAUCAACAGAUAUGGCGACAGGAUUGCAAACGUAGAAAUCCCGAAGAAAUUCCAAGUUCCAAAUAUGAAACCAUAUGAUGGAACCACUGACCCACAGGAGCAUAUCGCGCUGUAUCUGGAGAAAAUGGAAACAGUGCCGAUUCCAUCAAAUUUGAAAAAAGCUUGCUUAUGCAGAAGCUUUGGAUCGACACUAUCUGGAUCAGCUUUAAAAUGGCUGCAGAGUUUGCCUCCUCUAUCUAUUAAUUCUUUCGCUGAUUUAACAAAUUUAUUUUAUAGUCAAUUUUCACGCAGUAGGACUUUUGAGAAAGUGACUGAUGAUCUAUAUAAAAUAAUUCAAAAACCGCAUGAAUCACUUAGAGAUUUUAUGACUAGAUUUACAAAAGAAUCUCUUAAUAUUCCUAAAUUAGAUAUGUUGACCGCUAUUCAAGCUUUGCAGAAAGGUCUCCAUAAAGGAUCUAAAUUCCAGGAAGAUCUCAUAAUGACGCCAUGCAGAAAUUUAGAUGAAGCAAAAGCAGGGCAGCAAGAUUUAUAA